AUGGCCCAGCACCACAAAACACCGCUGCAGCACAAUUCGUCGCUCUUCAUAUCUCCACAGGUGAUGACACGCAAACAGGAUGUCUUUAUUACGCCGCCCAACCCGCAAAACAACCUUUUUGAGUCGCCUGGAUCGCUGCUGUCACUGUUCUACAACAUAGACAAUGUCAGUGGAACUCUUCGAAACGAUGCUGCUCAUGGCACUGGUGGACCAGGAGAAGAACCUAUAUCUCGAGUUCAAAAGCUCAGGCUUUGGCGACACGAAGCCCUUUUACAGCAUCAGUAUCUGACUGCGGAGUAUAUUGGAGACAAGAUUCUUACCAUGACCAACGAUCCCAACGAUGCAUUCUGGCUAGCACAAGUUUACUUCGAAACAGGUAACUACUUGCGGGUCAAGAGUCUUUUAACCAGCAAUGCGGAGUAUGAGCAGUCUGUGGCAUGCCGGUAUCUUACGGCUUACAGUCUCAUCAAGCUAGAACGAUGGGAGGAUGCAUUGGAUGUUUUGGGCGAGACGAACCCUUUUCUGAAGGAAACACACCAAAGACCUAAAGUAGCAGAGUACGGUGUCCGCUUUGAAGCGUCCAUGUGUUACCUUAGAGGUCUCAUAUUCGCUAAUCAAAACAACUACGAGAGAGCCAAGGAGGCAUACAAGGAAGCAGUGCUUGUUGAUGUCAAGUGUUACGAAGCCUUCGACGAGCUUAUAAAAAAUGAUUUCCUUACCCCGACGGAGCAGUGGGAGUUCAUUAAUUACCUUAAUUAUUCUGACGCAGACGACAAUGAUGAACUCAUAAAGCUCUUGUACACUUCUCGUUUGAGCAAGUACAUCAAUGUGCCUAAGUUCGAAGAAGCAGAAGGUAUACUCAAGGAUGAAUAUCGUCUCGGUGAGAACAGUGAUAUUCUUCUAAGCAAGGCACAGCAUGCUUUUGUUCAAUGCAACUACGAUCAAUGUCUCGAUAUCUGCGAGCUUGUCCUAGAUAAGGACCCAUACAACUGCAACGUGCUUCCAUAUUAUAUUAGUUGCUUAUAUGAGCUAGGAGGCCGCAACAAAUUGUUUCUUAAGGCACACCAGCUUGCAGAUUCUCAUCCGACACAUCCUAUUGCAUGGCAAGCGAUUGGCAUAUACUACCUUUCGAUCAAGAAAGUUAUAGAGGCUAGGAAGUUUUUGAGCAAGGCAACCUUGCUUAACCCUAAUAAUGGUCAGGCUUGGAUAGGUUUUGCCCAUACGUUUUCAAUGGAAGGUGAACAUGAGCAGGCCAUUAGCGCCUAUGCAUUUGCUGCAAGACUCUUUCCUGGCAACCAUAUGCCCAAUUUGUUUUUGGGUAUGCAGCAUUUGCAAAUGAAUAACGUCAGCUUAGCUGAAGAGUACCUUCUAGCGUCACAUCAUAUCUGCAGCACAGAUCCACUUUUGUUGAAUGAGCUUGGUGUCAUCUACUACCAUAAGAAUCAGCUAGACCGUGGAGAAGCGUUCCUUCAGGAUGCGCUUACGGCGGCCCGCUACCUUAACUCAGAGUCCAAGACGUGGAUCUCUAUUCAUGCUAACCUUGGCCAUGUAUACAGAAGAGCAGGUCAAUACCAGAAAGCUCUUGAGUGUUUCAAUCAGGCCUUGAAGAUGAGCCAUAGGAACGACGCUAACAUUCUUUCGGCCAUUGCCAUCGUUCACCUCAAACUUCAGAACCCCUUCAAGGCUAUUGAUGUCCUUCAUGAUUCACUUGCAAUUGCACCUGACGAUCCAAUCGCGAAUGAUCUUCUCAAGAGGGCACUUGAGGCUAACAGAGAUAGCCCUUCCGCUUUCUUGCAUGCUCCUAGCUCUUUGGCUGACGUUUCAACAUCAUCAACCACAACCACCAUUGGAAGGUCUCGAGAAGCUCCACGUAGUAAUUCUACAUUCGGACCAACCAGUAAAUUUGCUACUGUUUUCGAAGACAAACCAACCGAGAAGAGACGAGAGAGGAAGGAUAGUGAAGCGGAUACGAACGCUUUAGCCGAGCGUUUAAGGAAUGGAGAGGAGUCUAGUGAUGAAGAAGUGAUGGACAUCGAGAGUGAUUGA